UUAGUAUUAGCCGUAUAUUGAUAAAUAAAUAAGUUCGUACAACCAACGCAACUUUCCCUGCUGAAAUUCGUCCACCCCCAACCCCUGUUCGUGAAGUCGGGUUUCCGGGUAGGAUCAUGGAGGGCUGGGACCCGACGACGAAGUCGACUCUAACCCAAAUCCCUUUGCUGUCGGUGAAAGCGGGGCCGCGCGAUGGUGGCGCGUGGACGCAACGCCUGAAGGAAGAAUACAAAGCGCUGAUCGCCUAUACCUCCAUGAACAAGUCCAACGACAACGACUGGUUUCGGAUCUCCGCCGCUAAUCCGGAGGGGACACGAUGGACUGGCAAAUGUUGGUAUGUUCACAAUUUGCUGAAAUACGAGUUCGAUUUGCAGUUCGAUAUUCCCGUUACUUAUCCUGCUACGGCACCGGAGCUUGAGUUGCCACAGCUCGAUGGAAAGACGCAAAAGAUGUAUAGAGGAGGGAAGAUAUGUUUGACAGUGCAUUUCAAGCCGCUGUGGGCAAAAAAUUGUCCUAGGUUUGGCAUAGCACAUGCUCUUUGUUUGGGCCUUGCACCUUGGCUUGCUGCAGAAAUUCCGAUUCUUGUCGAUUCUGGUAUGAUUAAGCACAAAGAUGAUGCAGCAUCGUCCAAUGAAUCUUAGUACUCUCAUCAUGUUUAGACUGAUAUAAUAAAUAAUGUUUAACUUGAAACAUCUCGAGUGUUGUAGAAUAUUGAGAGGGCUUGUUAUGUGUUAGCUUGGAGCAGAGCUCCUCGGUGUAUACUUCUCUUUGAAUUAUUUUAUUUUGUUUAUUAGGGUUUACAUAUUUUGGUCAAAGAAAAUACAUAAAUCUGGUGAAGUUUUUUGCACCAGCAGUUUGAGGAUUUUUAUAUUUUUGAGUUUCUCUUUCUCUAUAUACUAGUAAUAAUAUACAGGGGAAAACCUGCUCCUCCAGA